UGUGGAAACUAUCGACUAGGCGACAUUAAAAUUGUCACAUAAUACAUUAUCAAAUUAUGAAUAAUUUUAUUGGAAUCAAGGAAAACAAUCGUUUGUAAUUUACUUUUAUCAAAGUUUACAUAUACAUAUGCAGGAAUGGCUUUCAGUUUAAAUGUAUCACGAUUUACAAAUGUGUUACGCAGCAGAUUGGCACUGAUGACAGAAAUAACUGAUGUGUACCGACCUCACAUAACGAUCGAUAAAGAGAAAUUAAUUGGCUUAAUUAAGGAAAAGGCCGAGGCAGCUGCUAAGUCGGAAUUGGCGAAGAAGAUGAAGGUUCUUAAAGGGUUUUAUGUUGCGGAGUUUAAACCGCCACUGUCGCUUCCGCCACGCCCGGCAGAAUUGAAUAAAUUAUUGGCAGACUUGAAGUUAACACAAGAGUUUUUCAAAAACAAAUGCUACUUGUACAUAACAGUUCGCCAGGCCUGGCUACUUUUCUUGGUCUGCUUCGAAGUAUGGAUGUGGUUCUUCAUUGGAGAAACUAUUGGAAAACGACAUCUCGUCGGUUACAAAGUUUAGCUACUACCUGUUACUAAAUGUUUAUUAUUUUUAAAUAGGUAUCACAUAUCAACUUACUUGCUUACUUCUUAUAUUUAAAUUCUUGUAAGGCUGCUAACUACAUACAUCAUGUUCGUAAAUAAAAAGACUGUUAUAUGUCACCAAUAUAA